CCAGGCCGGAGCGACCCGGUGCCUGGAGCCCGGCCGCGGGGCCGGCGAACCGAGCUUGGCCAGAGUCCCGCCGCCUCGCGGUCUCAGUAACUGGGUGGCCGAGGGGACAGAGCUCCGGACUAGACAGCACCUAAGUUGUCCGCUCCCGCCGGGCGGCCUUUCGGAGCCGAGGUCCCGGCGCAGAGGCAGGAAGAAGCUCAGGACCGGCAGGCUGGGCCAGUGCGGCCGCGCCGGGGCAGGUGGGGUGAGUCCAAGGCCAGCAGAUGAACAGACAGAGACUGAAGGAUCCUGAAGAAGGAUGAGCUGGAGGGGCAUGUGGAACUGGCGCCCAGGUGGCUGGCUGCUGGCAUUGUGCCUGGCCUGGCUGUGGACCUACCUGGCCUUGGCAUCCUUACAGCCUCCAACUGCCACAGUCCUGGUGAAGCAGGGCACCUGUGAGGUGAUUGCCGCUCACCGCUGCUGCAACCGGAACCGCGUUGAGGAGCGCUCCCAGACGGUCAAGUGCUCCUGCUUUUCCGGCCAGGUGGCUGGCACUACGCGGGCAAAGCCCUCCUGCGUGGAUGCCUCCAUCGUCCUGCAGAGGUGGUGGUGUCACAUGGAGCCGUGCCUGCCAGGGGAGGAGUGCAAGGUGCUCCCGGACCUGUCAGGAUGGAGCUGCAGCAGUGGACACAAAGUCAAAACCACCAAGGUCACACGAUAGCUCUUGGGGGUCAUGGCUGAGGACAGGCUUGGUUAAGCCCCGGACUGAAGAAUGGCAUUUAGCCACCAGCCAACAAAUAUGGGGACACCUGCUUCAUGCCAGAUGCAACAUCAGUCAUUCCAGGGCAUUUCACUGAAGCUACUUGGCAGAUAUGAUGACUCUCCAACCACAUACCUAGACUACUGCGUGCUUAUGGAGACAAACAAGAAGGUGACAACACAAUUCUUGCUCUUAAGGACUGGCCAGUCAAGCUGGGGAUUUGAUGACUAAUAGUUUAGAUAAUUUGAAGUAUAUAUCAUGGCUUCUGAGCCACCUGUCUGCAGUGGGCCUGGGAGGGGUUUGAAGAUGAGACUUCCAUACCUCUUCAGCCAUCCCUUGACCACAGGGCACAAAGACAAGAGGUCGUAUUCGGCACCUUCUCAUCCCAUCCUUCACAUGAAUCCUGAAUCACCACUACACUGCUAACAAGUUGAAGGAAAGCCCUCUUUUUUAUGCCAGGCAGACGGUAUCUCAGAUGGGAUGGAUUGACUUGGGGAAGGUGAGCAAAGGUGAAGUUGAACAGCAUUUUAGCAAAGCAUCUGCAGAAGCAUAGCAUGGUUUGGGCUGUUCAUUGGGUGUGGGAUGAGUAGGACCUUAGAAUCUCCCUCAAGCCCCUUGGGUUUUUGUUCAUUUGUUUGUUUUAACAGAUGAGGAAACUAAAUUCUAAAGUGCUGAGGUGAUUUGCCCAAGAUCUCACAACCUGGGCUCCCAAAUCUCUCUGAUUGUGCCCUUUCACCAGAGAUGCUGGGUUCCAACCUGGUCCUUCCAUGUUAAUUUUUUUUUCAUGUACUGGACCUGUAAAGUACUGGCAGAGUAGCAGCAAUAUUUUUCUCAGGAAAUGCUGUAGUGGGGACUUUGACCAAAACCAUGUUCUCCUGUCCAAAAUAAUCCAGAACACCUGCACCCCAGGGUGUGAAGUCACUUGGUCUCCACUGUCCCCCUAGCCCCCAAAAUUCCACACAGGUUGAAGCCUAGAGGUCACCCAGGCUACUUAGACUUGGGGAACUCUGAGCUAGUGUCACCAUUGCCUAAGACUGGUCAGAACCCUGUCCCUUCAAAGGCUGUGCUGAGGGAAGAGGCGAAGCAGGCCGGAGCCUUUGUCCAGAACUGACAGCUGGCACCCUAAAUGGCUUGGAGAUAACCCUGGGGCCUCAGAAAAAGAGCCCCAGCCUCCCUGACUGUGAGUGUCCCUAGGACUUUAGGAUAUAGGGCGUCUUUAGUGAUGAACCUGGGAGCUGCUGAAUUCCGACCCAUAGAGAGGGCAAUUCUGAUGACGGUUUGAGGCUGAAUCUGUUUUUCCCUCUUCACCUGCAUCAUCCAGUAGAACCAAAGCUGUUAUUCUCUUGUCCUCACCCACCACAGUGUGCUUUGAUUUUGUUUUUGUUAAUGGAGUGAACAGUGACGUGAGCUUCUCACUCAACUGUAAACAACAGAGCCCUGACAACCGAAAUCUGCGUAUAGUGAGCUCAUGAGGCACGGCAGUCGAGGAGCUGAUCAAAGGCUGUCAUUGCCUUCUUCACGGCUGGGGAAUAGAGGCUGAAAGGAUGGAGCAAGGGGCUGGCCAACUUCUUCUAGAAAGGGCUUAGAUAGUAAAUACGUUAGGCUUUGCAGACCACAGAAGUCUCUGUUGCAUAUUUUCUUCGUUUUUAUUCAAAAAUGCAAGAGCCAUUCUUAGCUCGGGGGAUACACAGAAACAGAUCCUGACUCCUGAACAGAAGUUUGCCAACCCUAGGGAACCCUUGAAGGCACUGCAGUGUGGGACGGCCUCCAGCUCCGGGCCUGCCCUUGGUCAGUCAGUCGGGUGGAAACCUGAGCACAAGGGCUGGGGCAGGUUUUGUUUUUCUUUUAAUGCGCCUGAGAGAUGGGUGAGUGAAUUAUUUAGGCUACAAAUGAGAUAGCUUUAACAGAGUCAGACAGUAAAAACCUGCUCUCUUGGAGGCUAGAAUGUGGGCUUCUCCAUUGCCUCCUCAGCCUUGAGGCUGUGUGCAAGGAGAGGGCUGCAGCCCCCUUGCUCACCUGUCCUCCACAAGCUGCUGGGCCGUGGCUGGGGAGUGAGCGGGGGGAAGGGACGAUACAUAAGGUUCCCUUAUCUGCCAACUACCACCGGCCCCUGCCUCUGCCAACCUGCUGAUUCCCUGACCUUCCCAAACGCCCCUCCUCCCUGCUCACUGAAGGACCUCUUUCCUUUGAUGUGUGAUGGAAUUUGCUGGCUCUUGGUUUUAGUUCUUCAAAGCCUCAUUUCCUCCAGACCUGUUCAGGUAUUUAUUUGGUGGGCUUUGAGGGGUACUUUUUUUUUUUUUUUUUUUAAGACAGGGUCUCCCUAUAGUUCAGGCUGGCCUUAAACUCACAGCGUCUCUUGUUGGGCUUACAGGCAUGAGGCACCAUGCCUGGCUCAAGAGGUAUCCUUUUUAAGAGCAGGAAAGCCCCACAUAAGUUCCCUAGGAUCCUGUUUUCAACUGAACCAAUAUUGGUGUGCACUUUAUAACUAUUACAAUGGCAGUCUAGAAAUGCAAAUUAAUUUCCCUGGAGUGUAGGGUUUCUAGGUUCAUCUGUAUUCUUUUACUACUCUUCAUGGGACAGGAUCUCAGAUUCUCUGAAGUUGACUGUACCCUGUCCCCCUCAGCCUCCGAAGGCCUUAGGAAGGUUACCAACUACAGAUGACGUAGCUAAUUUCUCUUGGCCUCUCGUCAGUUUCAUUAAGGUCUGAAUGACAUCCUCAUUAGUGGCCCCAGACAGUUCACAGAGUUGAGGCUACAGCUUCCUAAAAUCGCAAAGCUUAUGGCUAGAGUCCAGUUAGCUAACUCCCUCAUUUGAUAGAUGAGGCCAGAGUGGCUCAGGGAGGUUAGGGAAUCUGCCCAAAGUCACACCUCAGGCUGGUGGCGUGUCUUGCCCAGUGAUUCAGACAAGUGUUCUUGAUCACAACGUGUUCUUUCCACUACUGCACGUGGCAUCUUAUCCCAGAACAGAGGACAAGCUUGGAAGGAAGCCAGAUUUUAGUGAGGAUGAAUGUGAAAAGGUCUCAUGCUAGAAUCACCCAAGCCUGUGAGUACUCAGGUACAGAAGGAAAAGAAAAGCGUUUGAAGAUACAUACAGAGAAAGAGGGAAGAAGGGAGAAAAAUGGAG